AUGUCGACUCCGAAUCCCGAAUACCUACGCUUGACGGGCCACAAAUCAUUCACCCACCGCCUGAUCCUCUCGACACUGACCGGCCGACCUGUUCACAUCUCCGGCAUCCGCAGCUCAUCUCCCACUGCACCUGGACUCGCCCCUCAUGAAGUCUCCUUCCUCCGCCUCCUCGAGGCUGUCACCAAUGGCAGCUCCAUGCAGAUCUCCUACACCGGCACAACAAUAACGUACCACCCUGGUCUGAUCACUGGCAGCGUAGCUGGGGCAGGGGCCACAUCAGACGGUGUCGUCGAGCACACGCUCCCAGCAAACUGCUCUCGGGGCGUCACCUACUUCCUCCUGCCACUGGCCCUCCUUGCGCCCUUCUCAAAAGCACACAUGAACGUCCGCUUCUCGGGGCCCGGCGUCAUCACCUCCGCGACCAACACCGGCGACAUGUCCAUCGACUCCUUCCGCACAGCCAUCCUCCCACUCUACGCACUAUUCGGUAUCCCCCCGGCUCGCAUCGAGGUCCGCGUGCUUCAGAGGUCUUGCCCCGGCCCCAGGGGGACCGGCGGUGGUGGCUCGGUCGAGCUGCGCUUCGCGAGCCAGGUGCGCCUGCCGAAGACCCUACACCUCCACAGGUCGCCCGGGCGGAUACGGAGGAUCCGCGGCGUCGCGUACUGCACGGGCGUUUCGGCGAGCAACAACGCCCGCAUGAUCCACGAGGCGAGGAAGGUACUCAACCCGCUGGUCUCCGAUAUACACAUUGCUGCGCAGUACGACGCUGCGCCUCUGGUGCCGGACAAGAACGCCGGAGGGAACGCCAAGAAGAAGCUAGGCAUAGGCUUUGGGCUCAGCCUGGUGGCCGAGUCCAGCGUGCCAGGUGUGCUGUACUCUGCGGACGUGGUUGCACCGCCGGAGGGUGGUGUGAUACCCGAGGACAUCGGCACGCGGUGCGCAUACCAACUCGCGGAGAUAAUACAACGGGGAGGAUGCGUGCCGUGGUCAGCAGCCAGGUCGAUCCUCACACUAAUGGCGAUGGGAUCAGAAGAUGUCGGGCGAUUAAGGUUAAGCAAGGAUACUGUGGGUACUGAGGAGGUUUUGCAGCUGGCUAGGGACCUCAGGAGUUUCGGCGGAGCAAGCUGGGGGCUACGGCCGGUCGAAGACGAUGAUUCCGGCGAUAUAUUGGUAUCUGUGAAAGGUACUGGCGUCGGCAACGUGGGCAGGAAGAUUGCAUAA